AUGAAUAAAAAAGAGAGAAUACAAUUGGAAACAAUUUUGACACAUAAUGAAUUAAUAUUUAAACCAGCGGACAAGGGAGGAGCUCUUGUUGUGUUAAAUAAGAGUUAUUAUAUUAACGAAAUUUUGUUACAACUAAGUGAUACAAAUGUAUACUUAAAAUUGUCAGCAGAUCCCCUUAAAAGUAUACAAAUCAAGGUUCGCAACACUGUUGAUAAGGCUAGAGAAGAUGACCUGAUAGAUGAUAAGUUACAGCAAUUCCUACAACAGAAGCACCCUAUAACUCCCGUCUUUUAUACAUUACCUAAAAUUCACAAGGAUUCAAAACAACCUCCAGGGCGCCCCAUAGUGGCCAGUAGUGAUUCAAUCUUUGCUCCCCUUUCGAUAUAUCUUGACAAGAUUCUGCAGCCUUUUGUGAUCAAAACUAGAUCAUAUUUGAAAGACACAGCACAAUUACUAGGGAUCUUAGAUACCCUUAUUGUGACAGAUGAGACAAUACUUGUAACUAUGGACAUUCAAAGUCUUUAUACAUCCAUAAUGCAUGACGAUGGCAUACAAGCCAUAAGUAUUGUGUUGCAAGACGAUAGCGAAUAUUCAUAUGAAGCCAAAGAAUUCUUUCUUGCUUUAUUGAAUAUCGUUCUAAGGGAUAAUUAUUUUCUAUUUCAAGAUAAUUUCUUUUUACAGCAGCAAGGUACCGCCAUGGGAAGCAAUGUCGCUCCCACAUAUGCAAAUCUAUACAUGGAUUUUUUUGAACGUACAUAUGUGUACACAAAUUCGGAUUUUGUAGAGCAUUGCCAGUUAUAUCGAAGAUAUAUCGAUGACAUCAUCAUGCUGUGGACAGGCACAAUUGAGAGUCUGGUGGCCUUCUGUGACCAUUUAAAUUCGGUGGUACCAACUAUAAAAUUUACCAUUAUACAUGAUCUAUUGAGGAUUAACUUUCUAGAUGUAUGGAUCAUGAAAAAGAACUCUGGUCUCCAAACUGAUCUCUAUAAAAAAGAAACAGAUCGUAACAGUUUAUUACACUACACCAGUUUUCAUCCUCCUGCCCUAAAAAACAACUUGCCUAAAACACAGUUCAUGAGAGUUAAACGCGUAGUCUCAGAACAGGAAAACGAAUAUAAGAGAACAGAGGAGAUGAGGAAAAGGUUUUCACAGAGGGGUUACCCCAAAACGCUCCUGAACUCCUGUAUACAGGACAUCAGGGAGAUUUCACAGAAUGAACAAAGGAAACAAAAAGAUACUGACAGACUUGCCUUUGUAAGUAAAUUCUCUGUAGCCAGUAAUGGAUUACGUAAGAUCAUCCAAAAACAUUGGCACAUCUUACAAACAUGUGCCCCACAUAUACCAGCUUUUGUAAAAGCCCCAAUGAUGGCCUAUCAGCGAGGCAAGAACUUCAGAGAUAUACUUAUAAAAGCGGAUAUUGGUCCGACAAAUAAAGGUACACAAAGAUUUUUGGGAACCCCCAAAAUGGGGACUUUUCCUUGUCUAAGUUGUGCGAAUUGUAACAACAUCACAAAAGGAAAAUUUUUCACACAUCCACAUACUGGACGAAAGUUCAAUAUUGCUAAUUACUACACUUGCAAUUCAACAUUUGUCAUCUAUUUAAUUAAAUGUCCAUGUGGACUGGCAUAUGUUGGGGAGACAACUCAGAAGAUAAAAGACCGGAUCAAACAACAUAAAUCCAACAUAAGGUGUAACUACAAUCAUUUACCCAUUCCGUCACAUUUCAGUGAAGCGAGACAUACAGUGAGCCAAUUGAGGUACCAAGUGAUAGAUGAUGUAGGCCCCCUUAGACGCGGCGGGGAUAGAAUUUAUUUAUUAAAGAAAUUGGAAAUGCAAUGGAUAUCGAGGUUAGGUACGUUGUGCCCUGGGGGACUAAACCGAGAAUAUACCCCUGAACUAUUUAUAUAGUAUGUUAUUUAUAUAGUAUGGUAUUUCCGAAGAAAUUAUGCCUGAAGUGUAACAAAAUGUUUUUUCAAUGUUUUUACAAUGUAAUACAAUGUAAUAUACCCAGUAAUAUUAAAAUAUGUCAUAUUUUUGCUUUAUAGAACUUCAUUGCUCCAAUCCUGGGAUGUGCUGGUACACUGACAACUGUAGGUAUCCAGCAUUCCAGAUGUAGAGCAUAAAUAUUGGCACAAUUGCACAAAGCAUGGAAAAGUGGGGUGCGAUUGGAAUCAGAGGAUCUCCUUUGACCUCCCCUUGACCCUCAAAGCUGUUUUGGAAUUUUUUAAGGACACUAAGCACUUUAAUUCGUACUAUGAUAUAUAUGUUUUAACAUUUGUUGUAUUAUAAAUGUUUUAACUACUUUUAAAUAAUCUAUUAUGAUUGUAUUGUUUCACUGAAUUUUUGAUAUCCUCACUGGGAAUGCUGGGAAUUGUGUCUCACACUGGGAGGUGGGAACUAUGUUGUAACCCCUCCCUCUUAAUCACCUAUUUAAGUACAUUGUUACACAGUGCAUUUAGCUUGAUAAAGGGCUGGAAUAGCCCGAAACGUCGCUCUGCUAAUGGCAUAAAUAAAUAACCUUUGAUUCACACAUCGGAGUGCUGCUGGAAUUAUUGUUUUUCGUUGGAAUUUCUCCUCGGGCAGAGAGGAAUACAGCUGUGCACCCGACGCUGCAAAAGGCGAUCCUGUGUGAGUGUGGCACCUUACUGA